AUGGCAGGAAUGCUUCCUGGAGUUGAAUCUGCUAGAAGGAGACGUGUCCACAAGGCUGGAUGUUUUUCUGAUUCACCAUCUUUAGCUUCUAAUAACAGACGCUCUUCUCUCUGCUUGUAUUCAAGUAACCCUGAAUCUCGUCUUUCUUCGUCUUCUUCAAUGCAAAGAAACAUGCAAGAUGAGAAUAUGGUAGGAGCAGCCAGAGAGGCUAAACAACGAUUGGAUGACAAAUUCAGAUCACAUAGGGUAUCAGAAAACACAAGUAGGAAAAAGAACAUAAAGUGUGUGGAGAGUAGAAAAGAAAGCAUAGAGGAGUUACAAAUUGAGGUGUAUGGUUCAAAGAAAAGUGGUCCAAGGAAGUUCAGUUGGAGCAAAUUGAGCUGGAAAGCAUCAGAACAAGAAGAUUGUGCUGUAUGUUUGGAAUCAUUUAAGAUUGGAGAGAAAUUGAUUCCUCUACCAUGUGCACACAAGUUUCAUUCUACAUGCUUGAGACCUUGGUUGGAAAAUAACUCACACUGUCCAUGUUGUAGAACUACCAUUCUUUCUCUCUAG